AUGUCGGGCGAGGCGUGGUUGUACCUGCUCUCCGUGCUGAUAAAUGCCGUCAACCUGUUCCUUCAAGUCUUCUUCACUAUUAUGUAUAGCGAUUUGGAAUGUGACUAUAUCAACCCUAUCGAUCUCUGCAACCGCCUCAACACCUACAUCAUUCCCGAAGCUGCCGUCCAUGCAUUCCUGACCUUCCUCUUCUUGAUCAAUGGAUACUGGCUGGCGUUGUUGUUGAACCUGCCUCUCCUAGCCUUCAACGCAAAGAAGAUUCUGGACAAUCAACAUUUGCUCGACGCCACUGAGAUUUUCCGAAAAUUGAACGUGCAUAAAAAGGAAUCAUUUAUCAAGCUCGGUUUCCAUCUCGUCAUGUUCUUCUUCUACCUCUACAGCAUGAUUGUUGCACUCAUCAAGGACGAAGGCAAUUGA